UCCUCCUGUGAGCCCAGCAGUCAGUCAGUCAUCAGCCGCUGUCUUCUCUGGAGGUGGAAGGAGAACCAGGAAGAGCUUCAAAGAUGAUGGACUCAGAAAUACUGAAGUUUUUCUGCGCCAACCAUGGAGCAGUUAACACCGACGAUCUGUUGUUUAAUCUCUGCUCGGGCGACUCCGCGAAAUUAUCGCAGAUCACUAAUAACCGAGAGAAAUUUGCUUCGUGUUGUCCCAAAGGCCAGCCGAAGGUGGUGGCCCGGACCAGGCUGAGACUGUGCAGAGUCAAGGACUGUGCGGGGACAUGCAGCGGGCUGCACCUGUGUAAGAACUUCCUCUUCAGCGGAUCUUGCCGGUUCACUCGGACGAGGGGAGGAUGCAGCUUCUCUCAUGAGCUGAACUCUUACCACAACCAAGUGAUGCUAAGAGAGCAUGAACUGGAGAGUCUGGACAGGACAGAGCUGUGCACACUGCUGCUGCAGAGCGACAACACACUCCUGCCUCCUAUAUGUUAUGAUUACAACAACGGUCAUGGAGAGUUCGGCCGAUGUCAGGAUGGAGAUGGUUGCAAGAGACUGCACAUCUGUGAGAGGUCCCUGAGCGGUGACUGCAGCUGCUUCAGGCCUCAUGAUUUUGAUGCUCCACAGCCAUUGAGAAUCCUAAUGGAAAGAAAUGUGCCUGACAACAUUAUUCAGUCCUUGAAGUUUGUUUACUCAAAUAAAGAGGCUUUAAGAUUCUCUGACAACAGGGGUGAAGGGGGAAACAGGGGAAACAGGGGCAACAGAGGCAACAGAGGCAAAGUCUGAUACUGGGGAAACAGGGGAAACAGGGGAAACAGGGGCAACAGGGGCAAUAGGGGAAACAGGGGCAACAGAGGGAACCCAGGCUACUCUAUAAAUCUGCCACGAACCUGCUCUACUAGCGACAUCCUUGCUGACAUGGAUGACUUAGAUCUGUACACUGAGGACGGACUAAGUGAAAGCGAGUCCUUCACCAGCGACAUCUCAGCUGCUACCAACGACACCGAUGCGUACAGCGACGACGGUCAGAACAGAAAACCUCGGAAUAAAACCUCCGCGGCUGCCAGAGGUAGAGGAGGUAACAGGGGCAACCGAGGCAACCAGCAGCUGCUAAAAACUCGUUCCAUUAAUGACCUCACCUCUGCUGUCAAUGACAAAAACACAGACAACGAUGAUGGGACGAACAAAAGACGAAGGCCUGUCAGAGAUAAAACUGAGAUAUGCAUGUAUUUCAUCAAGGGACAUUGUAAACAUGAGGAUAAGUGUUUUAAAGCUCAUGACAAGAUGCCGUACAGAUGGGAGGUCAAAGAGGGUAAUCAGUGGACCGCCAUGGCUGAUAAUGAGGCGAUUGAGAAGGACUACUGUGACCCCAAAAACACUUACAGUGGUACAACCCCGGCUGUGCAUUUUGACACAAUGACCAGUGGACUGAACAAAGUUCGGCGACUCUCUACCAUUAACUCUUUGGUCGAGCCAACCUUCAUCCACACCACCGAGUGGGUUUGGUACUGGGAGGACGAGUUUGGAAAGUGGAACAUGUACUCUUCAGCUACUGGUGGACACAGAACAGCAGACACUGACAGCGCUAAACUGGAGCAGAAGUUUCUGGACAAUGACAAAGACGUGGUGGAGUUCACCGCUGGUUCACAGUCAUAUUCACUCAGUUUCCAUGACAUGAUACAAACAAACAAGCAUUAUGGCACUAAGAGGCUUGUGAAAAGACGGCCCCGGUUUGUGUCUGCAGUAGACGUCAAAGCAACGAGAGUGAGAAGGCCUCUGGUUCAACCACAUCUUUACGCUAUACCAGACCACUGGGAUAAGACACAGAUCACUGCAACAGGAUACAAGCGAGUCUCCCUCCAGCGCUCCUCAGAUGAAUUCAAGGAGAUUGAAACUCUUUUCUUUAAAACCAUGAGAGGCUUUGACGUCGUCAGCAUCGAGAGGAUCCAGAACAAAGCUCUUUGGGAAGUCUUUCAGUGGCAGAAGAAUCAGAUGAAGAACAACAAUUUUGGGUGCAGUUCUGAAGAAAAAAAGCUUUUUCAUGGCACUGACUCUAAAUACAUAGACGCCAUCUGCCUCACCAACUUUGACUGGAGACUCUGUGGAGCUCAUGGAACUGCUUACGGCAAAGGUAGUUACUUCGCCCGGGAUGCCAAAUACUCCCACAGCUACACUGAUGACUCUGAUGUGAAAUCCAUGUUCAUCGCACGGGUGCUGGUGGGAGACUUCACCAAAGGGUCAACUGACUACCGCAGACCUCCUUCUAAAGACGGCGGGGAUGUGAACUUCUAUGACAGCUGUGUAGAUAACAUUAUAGACCCAUCUAUCUUUGUUGUAUUUGAGAAGCACCAGAUCUACCCCGAGUACCUGCUGCAGUACAAGACCAUGCACCCGCUAGCUAGCAUGUACAGUACUACCACAGUAACAGCACAGAGACCAGUACCAGCACAGAGACCAGCUGCCAUCCCCAGUAGAGUAACUGCCCAACCUACUGUAUCAGCUUAUCCACGCAGCACAUCUUCAUACCAACUCGGUUCACCCACAUACAAACCCAGCACAUCGGUUCGACCCAGUGCACCCUCAUACCAACCUAGUACAUCAGUUCAACGCAGCACACCAGUUCAACCCAGUGCAUCCUCAUACCAGCGUAGCACAUCGGCUCAACCCAGCACAUCUUCAUACCAACACAGCACACUCCACUACCAACCCACACAUUUUUCUAAACCCUCCUCACCAACCCCGCCACCAAGGAAAAAUGAUUCCUGCGUCAUUGCUUAAAUGUAAAGGUGAAGUGAGGCCAGGUGGUGUUUUUCAAAUGGAUAACCUCUGCUGAAAUAGAAUCGUUGUUUUAGAUCUGAAGGAGCUAAUGCAAAAUGCUUUGAAUAAUUUGAAUAGAUGAAAUAUAGGUAGUAAUAUCCAGUGUGCAAUAUUCACAUAGAUAAAAACAGUCCAGUUGAAUAAAAGUACAGUGAACAGGAAAUAUUGAUGACAGAGCUGCAAUGUUUUCCUCCUAAUGUAACACUUUUUAAACAAUUUUCCUGAAAAUCAACAAAAGAAAAUGUCCGGCCACUACUGUUACACACAUAUGAGAGUUAAUAAACAGUUGGUGGUGCACAGUCUUCAGACAGCUGCCAUUAAACCAUUGCAGAAGAAGACAAUAACUUUCCCACCUUAGCCACGCAUUAAUACUCUUUUGCAUUAAUACUCUUUUUUAUAUAAGAAAUACAUGUAAAUACAAUACAAUUUACAAUGUGUCUCCACUUUAUAAUUUCACUACAACUAAAAAUAUCGCCUUUGUUUGAAUUGUUGUGAUGUUGAUUGAUUUUGUGCAUCGAAAAUAAAAUGUUAUCUUCAUGUUAACUUCA